AUGGAAAGGAUCAAAGUCGAGCUCAAGUUAGACACUGUACCUCUACCCGCUGACUACUUUGACCUCAUAGGAGGCACAAGCACUGGAGGUCUGAUCGCGAUCUUACUUACUCGACUCCGGCUGUCCGCGGCCCAGGCUAUUGGCGAAUAUGAGAGACUGGCCGAGGGCGUGUUUUCUCAUAAAAAGUCGUUCCUCUUACGAUCGGAUGGGGUCUUCGAUGCCAAUAGGCUCGUGGACGCAAUUAAAGAUUCGAUAAAGCGAGCUGGAAGAGAUGAAGACGCCCUGAUGUAUGACGAGAAGGACACUUGCGGCCCAUGCAAAGGAUUCGUUUGUGCAGUAACUGCACCGAACGUCACUGCUGCAGCUGGGCCUACUCUGUUCAGAACGUAUCGCGUGCCCAAGAACAACUCAUACAACUGCAAAACCUGGGAAGCAGCUCGCGCUACUUCGGCCGCCACCACCGUUUUCGACCGCAUUGCUAUUGGACCUCCUGCCUCCAAAGUUGAGUACCUAGAUGCUGGCCUUGGAUACAACAAUCCUAUCGAUCUCGUCAUCGAGGAAUCCGCGCUCGUCUUCGAACCCUCCGCGAGCGUCUCGUGCAUUGUGAGCCUUGGGACCGGUGAGGUGGGUGCAACGGAAUAUGCACAGCCAAGGGGCUUGCAAAAGCUACUGCCGACGAAGUUAGUCCACGUGCUGAAGGAAAUUGCAACGAAUUGUGGGCGGAAGGCAGAAGAGUAUGCGAAGCGUUUCUCAGGCCGCGACUUGUAUUUCCGCCUCAACGUCGAUACGGGCCUCGAGAAGAUUCCGCUUGCCGAAUGGAAGGAUCUUGGCAUCGUCAGGGCUCACACUCAAAACUACAUGAGGAUGGAUCAUGUCAGUCGGCAGAUCGACGGAGUCGUCAAGGCACUCACCCACCCCGCCGAUCCACGCUCGUCUGUGUACUCUUUGGCUGAAAUAGGUAAUGCUUAG